AUAGAACGUAUUGUAAUCUCGCUCCAGUCCAACGUGGUUCCUCUCUGGAGCGCCGCUCGUCUACUCUCUACUUGUAGGCUUGUGUAUGACAUGAAUGACAAACAGGACAGGCCUUAUGUGUGCGGCGCCCCAGGCUGCUCUCAGCGCUUCCAGUUAGAGGAACAUCUGAUCAUCCACAGGCACAAGCAUGAGAUGACCCUCAAGUUCCCCUCCAUAAAGACAGAUGCAGCAUUCACAGACCAGACUCCGACGCCGACACGAUUUCUGCAGAACUGCGAAGAGGUUGGUCUGUUCAAGGAGAUCGAGGAAGAAUUUCUUCAAGCACAAGAGGAGGAAAACAAGAAGCAGUCGCUUUCUCAUAAUGGGCCCUCCUGUAUGAGCCAGCACCAGCUCAAACCCCAACAUCAGCUCCAGCACCCACCCCAGCCUCAGCACCCACAUCCCCAACAACCGCUGCAUCAUCCCCAGACUCAUGCACUGCAUCAUCCCCAGACACAUGGCCCCAUGAUGGCCCCUAGCUGCAGCCUGGCCGCCCAGCAAGCCCUGUCCUCCUCCCAGUCUGGAUCAGUCAUCACCCAGGCUACCUCCACCCUAACACACUCCGAGCCGGUUCCCGGGCCGCUGUCAUGCCUCCUUCACAUGCGGAACAGACACAGGCAGCCGCUGCCAGCCUCCUUACCUGGCACCCUGCCAGACCCCGCCAUGCAAGGGGCAUCUGCUCAGCACAUGACUAUAGAGAAGCAGAUGUCUUGUGCAAUGGGUAUACCGACUCCUGUACACAACCCCUCCUGUUCUUCACCCCAGAGAUCCAAGCAGACAUUGGGCCACCAUUAUCAACAGCAUCACCCAGGAAUGAUCACCAUCAAUAACAAUGUGCCACCCAUGGGCCACAUUAUAGAGAUGAUGCCACAGCGUCACCAGACACCUCCACUACAACAACAACAACCACAACAGCAGCAGCACCACCACCAUCCCCACCAUCAUCAUCAUCCUCAGCCUCAUCACUCACAGCUUCCACCUGUGCCUCUUACCUACCAACAGCGGUGCCAUGCUCCCCACCCACAGCAUCUUGGAAGCACCCAGAGCCACCAGCUGCACCAGGCAGGGAAUAUACCACCUCACGCUCAGGCUCACCAAUCACCGCCUUCACACUUACACCCAGGCUCACCGCCUGCACCUCCACUGUCUGCUCCUGCGCAGUUAUCACCAGUUGCACAGCAGAUGCAGCCUUCCCAGCUAUCUCACACUCAUGCAGUGCAGGCAGGCGGUAGCUGCAGCGGAGGUGGUGGAGGAGGUGUUGGAGGAGGCGGAAACCGUCGAAGGAGGACAGUAGAGCAGGACCCCGACGAGCGAAGGCAGAAGUUUCUGGAACGUAACCGGGCCGCAGCCACCCGCUGCCGACAGAAGAGGAAGCUGUGGGUGUCAUCGCUGGAGAAAAAAGCUGAAGAGCUGACGCACACGAACCUUCAGCUACAGAACGAGGUGACGUCACUAAGGUCGGAGGUGGGUCAGCUGAAGCAGAUUCUGCUCACCCACAAGGACUGUCCUGUCACUACUCGGCAGAGGGAGGCACAGGGGUACCCCACUGCAGGGGUGAGCCCAGGAAGAAGUCCCACCCCUGCAGGUCCUGGGUCUCAUCUGCAAGCCAUCCAACAUAACAGCAUCUCCACUUCCUCGACGUCUGGAGGCGAUUCGGGCCAUGACCUCCAGCCCGGACACUAGCCUGCAACGUAUAGGUGAAAUCCCGAACUGGAUAGGAUGAAUUUAGAAAUCCACGUGAACGCUUGAGGUAUUUUUCAACACGAUCAGCAGAUUUUCUGUGAGAAGAUCAGAAACACUUACUGAGAGAGAGAGAGAGAGAGAUCUGUCGCUUCAUUUCUCUAAACAGGUGCAUAAAAUGCCCUUUCUGAAAGCCUUGUUAAAACUGUGAUUUUUACAUGGCAACUGGAUCCUGUGUUUAUUCAGAUAAUGUCUGUUUUCUUUUGACAUGAGCCUAACAUUGCCUCCUACCUACUCGCUAUGCACAUACACAGUCAUGACACAUCUUUUUAGUAUCAUUCUCUGGCAUAUCUUGCACUAAUUCAGAAAAAGAGACUAUAACUUUUUUUUGUUUGUUUUAAUUGGGCAGCUCCAAGUGCAACUUUUUCCAUUUUUGAGCAGA